CGACUCUUUGUGAGCUUAGGAAUGAAGAAGAAGUCUAACUUGCCUUGGGAGGCUGGGGUGUAUUGUCAUCGGAGGAGAGCUUAGGUGUCCGAGGAUGAAAAACUGUUUGAGGAUUCGUGUGCGGCGUGCCGUAAUGGUGGAUGGAUGGGGGCAAAGGAGGGAAGAAGGCGGUGAGAAGGACAAGGAAAAUGGUGGCCAUCGUGGGGUAAGGGGGGUAUGUGCUGCACAGUUGGGACCAGGUGCAACCAUGUCCAAGAGGGAGAGGGAGGAAGGAAUGAGAAGGCCAGAGGGUACAGAUGGGUCACAGGGCAGCAAGGCUGCAGGUAGUGGUGAAUCCAUGGUUAUGGAUGAAUGUACCCACGAUGAUGGAGUGCAGUUGCGCGGGCAAGGAAAAGAGAUGGAGGAGACAUGGAAAAGACGGAUAACCUUUGUCAGCAGCACGUCAGAGUGUCAGCGUAUGCAGCUGCGCGGUCAAGCACCAGUGCUGCAUUACUGCAGAUGCACCAGUCCUGAGUGUGCUCAGCUCGUCUUACAGAAGCAUAAAAGGCCCUUCAGGCUGAACUCGAUGAGAGUGACCUCUGAAUCUCUGAUUGGUCCCGCUCCUCCAGCUUCUGUCAAGGAUGCUGAAAAUGCGACCGAAGAGGAGCAGUUUUCUGAAGUCGCAAGGAUUAUGUCCUUAGGCUCAAACCAACACGAGCUACUGGGUGUUGCCAGUGAUGCCUCGGCAACGGAGAUCAAGAAACUUUCUGAGCUUCGACCAUUACAACGCGUCACAUUGGUGAGGCAUCGGAGUACGCUUUCUGGAGCAGCUGUUGCUUCUUCAUCGGGAACAGCCCCAGAGUAUGAUGCAGACGUGGCAGUGAUCGGUGGGGGAAUUGUGGGCCUGGCAACGGCACGGGAUAUUCUUGGCCGGUAUCCGGACGCCCGUGUCACAGUGGUCGAGAAAGAGUCGCAGGUGGCUCAACAUCAAACCAAGUACAACAGUGGGGUUAUCCAUGCUGGAAUGUACUAUAAGCCAGGUUCGUCAAUGGCACGAUUAUGUGUGGAGGGCGCAAAGAAGAUGUACAGCUACUGUGAAGCAAGACAGAUUCCACACCGCCGGGUGGGAAAGCUCAUAGUGGCGACUCGCGAUGAGGAGCUCCCGCUUCUCGAUGAUGUGUAUCGUCGUGGGCAGGAGAACGGUGUGGAGGGGCUUGAGAUCAUUGACGCUGACCAGAUACGCAAGCUCGAACCGAACGUGAUUGCACUGCGUGCUCUUCACUCACCAAACACAGGAAUUGUGGACUUUGAGACAGUUGCCAAGAAAAUUGCGGAGGAUGUCGUUGAAUCAGGACGGGGGGUAAUACGUACAGGCUUCGAGGUCACGCGCAUAGGUACUUCACGACAGGAGCAGGGGGUUGCACUCUGGGGUCAAGGAAUCAGCUCUCCAUUACGCGCCAGGUACUUGAUCACCUGUGCAGGGCUGCAUGCAGACACCAUCGCCCAGCUGGCUGGCGGUGCAAGAGAGCCUAUCAUUACUCCAUUUCGAGGUUCGUAUCAAAUACUCAAACCUGAAGUUGCUAAUAUUGUUGAGCGCAAUAUUUAUCCGGUUCCAAAUCCCAAGUUCCCGGUCCUGGGCAUUCACUUCACUCCCAAAAUGGACGGAAGGAUGCUGCUCGGUCCGAAUGCAGCACUGGCACUAAGCCGUGAGGGGUACAAAUUCUGGCAGCUCAAUCCGAGAGAGUUUUUCGAUUAUGCAAUGACCCCAGGUGUCGUGCGACUCGUCCUCGGCAACCUCCGGGUCGCGUUCCAUGAGAUCUGGCGUGAGUUAAACCCCCGUGCUUUUAUUGCUGAAGCACAGAGGUACUGCCCUUCUCUGAAGGUGGGUGACACGGUACCUGGGAAAGGUUUGUCAGGCGUUCAGGCCAAAGCUGUCGACAGAGAUGGGUCCCUGAUCGGGGACUUCGUUUUUGAGAAGGCAUCUGACUGUGUGCUCAAUGUGCGCAACGCGCCUUCACCUGCUUGCACGGCUUCUCUGGCGAUCGCAUCCGACGUGGUUGACCGUGUGGUGCAGGACUUCUCUUGGGGUCCUGAAACCUUCCAUCCUAAGAAGCAUUCUUGAUUCCCACCUCCCCCAGCCCGUCGAUUGCAUAGCUGUUUACACAGAACACCUUUCCUGUCCUGCCCAAAAUUUCUUUGGCUUGGUUGCCGGGUGGUGGUGCACUACGAAAACCUCGCGCACAAACUGGCAGGGGAAAAGACGAAAGAAGGUGGUUCGCGGCAUAUGCCCAUGUUAGGACUUUUUCAAAGGAUUCAUAGGCAGUUGGACACAUCUACGUCCGGCCGUAAUUGCAGUCAGAAGCCAUCAGAAUCAUGAUCAGAUACAUCUAGGAAAGCCCUCCCUAGCAUGAGUAUACUCUCAAACACCACCAUCACCCCAAAAACGACAGUGCCACAAACACACACCUUAUGCGCAGCUCAUUCGACAAAGCCAUCUGGGAUUCUAUACUGUGAGCUACUCGGUUCUGCAGUCCCUUUUGGUCACCAGGGGCAUUGCUGCAGGAGCUGAACCUUACAGCACCAGCUGCACAACAACCUUCGCCAGCCACCUAGAUUUUUUAUCUGAUGGCCACAGGGUUCUUUCUCUGGUACCAUUUCGUGGGAGGUAGUGGUGGCUUCAGCGCAGAACUUUGUUGUUGCGGAUUUCAGCCUUCCACUCCUAGACGAUGUUGCUCGAAGCCCAGAUGUUGAACAGACAUGUGGCAAGGAUUCUAGACAUCAUAAGGCAAUUGGGGGUCAAACGGCUCUAUUGUAUCUGAGCCUGCAUUUCUGGUCUGGUCUUGUUUAGACUUCUCUUUGAUUACACCCAGUGACACCUGAUCAUGUUGUGAUGUGUAGUUAUUCUCUUCAAUUUGAACAGGGAAAGGAAAUUUGUGGUGAUAGGUAGUAGUUAGGGGGCCUUUGAUGGCUGAAUCGAACUGAUCCACUGAGCCAAUGGGUUGGUGUUAAAGGUGUGAUUUGAAUCCAUCUCCUGGGCGCACUGCUGCUAAGAUGGAGGUCAGUGACUGACAUUGGCCAGUUGACCUUUGAUGCGCAAACUGAACCAAUCUCCUGAGUGCACUGCUGUUAAGGAGUUAGUCGAUGAUUGGCACUGGGACACUGGCCCAUCGCGCAUUGCAGGAUAGCGGGUUAGGGUGGUCUGGUCAUUUGUGACCUGAAAGUGGUUAUGGUCAUCGCACACAUGCAUUCCAUUGUCUGUUGCAACCUUUGUUUGCUGCAGCAGCUGCUCUAUGUUUUGGGUUUUGGUCAUCUUAUGUCUAGAAACCAGAGAACACAGGAGUGGUGGACGGAAAGGUGCAUAUCAGGCUGCGGCCUGAGGUUUGUGCAUUAUGUGACCUUGGUCAUUGCAGAUGCUAUGUCGUUGGUAUCUCCUGCGAUAAAAUCUGAGGUGUCUU